AUGCACAGCAGCCGUGACUUUACUCUACAACUCAUUUGUGUCGACUGUACAAUUAAAGAUACUUUUAGUAAAAGCAGAAGAAGAAUACCAUUACUUUUAAAGAUGUUGUUGACAAUAGGAAUCAUGCUGAUUGUUAGAUUAUCAAUAGUUGAUUUAGUCCAGGGAUGUUCUUAUAUGUGUUCAUGUGACCGAACCGUUUCAUCAUGCUCUUCCAGAAAUUUGAUGGAAAUACCAAAUGAUAUUCCAUCAAAUACAACGCGUUUAUAUCUGUAUAAAAAUAGCAUUACCUCAAUAGAACCUACUAUGUUUUCUGGGUUAACAUCCUUACAGAAGUUAUAUCUGUCCAGCAAUAGUAUCACCUCAAUAGAACCAGGCACGUUUUCUGAAAUAAAAUCCCUAGAGUAUUUAGGUCUGUCCAGCAAUAGCAUCACCUCGAUAGAAUCAAAUACAUUUUCUGAAUUAACAUCCCUCCAGAGUUUAUAUAUGGGCGCCAAUAGCAUCACCUCGAUAGGCCAAAAUGCGUUUUCUGGAUUAACAUCCUUACAGUAUUUAAGUCUGGAAGACAAUAACAUUACCUCAUUAGAACCAAAUACAUUUUCUGGAUUGACAUCCCUAGAGGAAUUAGAUCUUAGUGACAAUAGCAUUACCUCAAUAAAACAUAAUGUGUUCCUUCGAUUAACAUCCCUACGGAAAUUAGAUCUUUCAUACAAUAGCAUCACCUCAAUAGAACCAAAUACGUUUGCUGAGUUAAUAUCCUUAGAGUAUUUGUAA